CCAUGGCAGCGGGAGCCGCGGCCCGCGCCGCCGGGCCUCUGGGAGCAGCCUCCGCGGGAAGAGGGAGCAGGGUUCUGUCCUGGGAGGAUGGAGGACGACGAGCAGGAGGGGGACGAGCACAGCCCUGAGAAGGAGGAGGAAGAGGGGGAGAAGGAGGAGGGGGAGGAAGAGGAGAAGAAGGAAGAAGAGGUGCCGGCUCCCUGUCCUCUGACGGAGGAAGUACUGAAGGAGGGCCUGUCUCUCCUCAGUAAGACGGGCAACGGGCUGGCCCACACCUACGUGAAGUUUGAAGCCAAAGGAAUGAACUUGACAGACAUCAGCGUGCUCAAAAGCUUCAUUCACCUGCGGUAUGUGGAUUUGUCAGAGAACAAGCUGCAAGAUUUGUCUCCACUGAGCAACCUAACAGAGCUGCUUUGGCUGAAGGUAGAUGGGAACCUGCUCACCAGUGCCUGCAUGCAGGAGCUGUCCUAUCUCCAGGUCAUCAUCUUUGAUCGCAACCGCAUCAAGGAUAUGGAAGGCAUUACUCACCCCCGCUUAGCCACCCUCAGCCUGAAAGAAAAUAAAAUCCAGACAAUGCUGGGCCUGAGUAAGGACCAGUUGUUCAGCUUGGAAGUCCUGGAGCUGCGAGGAAACAAACUAAAGACCACAGCAGGGCUCAGUCUUCCCAAGCUCAAGAAACUCUAUCUGGCCCAGACCAACAUCCGCAGCCUUGAAGGCCUCGAGGGGCUUGAGCAGCUGGAGACUCUGCACCUGCGUGACAACAAGCUGGAGACCCUGAGUGGAUUCUCCAGUAGCAUGAAGUGCCUGCAGUAUCUCAAUCUACGGAACAAUGGGAUCAGUAGCUUUCAGGAAGUGGAAAAACUGCAGGUUCUUCCCAUGCUGCAGGCACUGGUGCUGUUGGACAACCCAUGUGCUGAUGAACCCAGUUACCGGCUGGAGGUCCUUGCCCUGCUGCCACACCUGCAACGCCUUGACAAGGAAGUAGUUGAGCAAGAUGAGCAGGAAGAGGCGAUGAAAAUUCGUCAGACAAGGCAGGAAGAAAAAGAAAAGGAAAUGGAAGGAUCUCUCAAGGAUGAUGUGUCUCUUCAGGAAAUGGAAGAAUCACAAGGGGAUGGUGUGACUGAGUGACCUCUGUUUUUAAUACCUGUUCCCAGAGGCUGUCAGGAUGUGGAGAUGCCUUUCCCCUCAUGUGCGGAUGGGAACGUGAGAGCUGUAGGUACCAGCUUCACCUCAUUUUACCUCUGGACAAAAGAGGAGGGCUACCCACCCUGGUCCUGGAAGCUGCCCUGAGGCACUGCAGUGUUUUUGCAGUCACUGCACUGAUAUGUUCUAUUCUUGGUAGGCCCAAGAGGGAAAAUGGGAGAGUUAUAGGUUCUGUGGUUCGAUUUAUGGCUCCCAAAAAUCCUGCAAGAUUUUCCGAUUUGAAUAAAAAUAAUUAAU